GCAGCUGGAUCGCGGGUAACAUGCGCCGCGGAUUUCUUCUGUUGUCGGUCGUACUCGCGUUCCGCGACGCUGCGAGCGAACGCGCGAGUAAUAGGAACAAAAGGUACCUGGUUUUUCCGACGCCAGGCAACAUUGCCGCGACUAAAGUGCAGGUAAUCCUCGGACUCGGUUUACCCAUGGAAGUCGACGUCAGCCUGAUUAUCGGAUAUGUGAUGAAAUUUAAUUACGUCCUACCGUAUAACGCCUCCUACUUGACGGACUCGUACGUUCGAUAUGACAGAUCGAUCAGCAGCGGUGUCGAAGCCGACGAUGAUAACCACCACUCGCAGGAUCGCAAAGCCCGUCGACCACCUCCGAGCCUUUCAAGACCGAGUUCGAUCGGAUGUAUCGUGCCGCUGAAAUCCUAGGACGACAGGAAACCGGAGGCUGCGACAGUUUGUUCCCGGAAUGCGCGGAAAGUCCUCUGGAUUACUUCACCGAAAUCAACGAAUAGUGAUACAAAACGUUACUCGCUUGGUUCCUUAACCCAUU